CAUGAAUGGAGAGAAGGAAACAUUGCUGGAAGAAAUCGAACAGAGUUUACACCCUCUAACGGAGGAUAAUUUACGACACCUGUGUGAACGUUGUGGAAUAGAUGGCUCCCAAGUUAAAGGAAAGAACCAUCGCUCGUUGCGACGUAAAAUCAUGGAGGAAAUGUGGGAAAAUGCAGAUUCAGUGAAAUCGGAGGAGCAGGGAAUGUCUUGGUUACUCCGACUGAAAGACGACAUCAGGAGGAUACAGGAAGAAUCUACUGUGGGACCCAUGAGUCCCAGCCAGUCUGAUGACGAUGCUACAGACUGCGAUGAGGAAUGGGACGUGGAGGACAACGAUGGAGAUUCAGAUUCGAUGUCAUCAAGUAGGAACAAUGGGGACAACCCUAACGGUCGCUCGCUGAGUGGAAGGGUCUUAUCAUCUGGGAAGGCUCCAGGGUUGAAAGUGAUCCAGCGACCUUACAGCUGCGAUGUAUGUGAGAAAAGUUUCCCACAUUUAGGAGACCUAAAGAGACACCAGAGAAUACACACAGGAGAGAAACCAUAUGGCUGUGAUCAAUGUGGGAAGAGUUUUCGUCAGCCAGGGCAACUGACGAAACACAAGCUAACACACACCGGAGAGAAAUCUUAUCGCUGUGAUCAAUGUGGGAAGAGUUUUGCUCGAGCUGAUACCAGGACUGAACACAAGCGAACACACACAGGAGAGAAAUCUUAUGUCUGUGAUCGAUGUGGUAAGAGUUUCACUACCUUAGGAGCACUGACUAUACACCAGAGAAUUCACACAGGAGAGAAACCAUAUGUCUGCGCUGUAUGUGAAAAGAGUUUCCGUCAGUCAGGACAACUGACUAUACACAAGCGGACACACACGGGAGAGAAACCAUAUAACUGUGAUCAAUGUGAGAAGAGUUUUGCCGAAGCUGGUUCCCUGACUGAACACAGACGAACACAUACAGGAGAGAAACCAUAUGUCUGUGAUCAAUGUGGGAAGAGUUUCACUACCUUAGGAACACUGACUAUACACCAGAGAAUUCACACAGGAGAGAAACCUUUUGUUUGUGCUAUAUGCGGAAAGAGUUUCCGUCAAACGGUACAACUGACAAGGCACAAGAGAACACACGCGGGAGAGAAAUCUUACAGAAGCUUUGAUCAAUGAGGUCGAUCAUCUCGCCUGGGUUGCCCCGGUACGAAGUGUUUGCAUCUGGCGAAAGGUGAUUGCAUUCGUUUUGGAACCAGGAAAGCCCAUAUGGCAAAAUGUGCUCAAAACAAAAGUGACAUAGAUUUAUGCUCGUGGAGUCAUGACUAGGAUUCUGUGUUUUCAAAAGCAAGAAGUGAUUGCUUUAGUUAAUAUGUUUUUUUUAAUCUGCCUUCUCAAUAAAAACUCAUUUGAGCAGUUCAUAUUUUAUGGAAAAGAUAUGUAUGUUUCUGGACGACGCACCGUGCUGGCUUGUUGACAACAUGACCGAGCGAUGCAGAUUACCGCUACAUUUGAGAAGGGCGCUCCUCCAUCACCGCUUUCGCCCAUUUACGUCACGGGCCAUAGACGGGGGGGGGGGGGGGCUUAAGCAUGAUCCAAUCCGCCCACUGACUUUACACAAGCUGACGCACAACCUGGAGAGAAGCUUUUCCAAAUGUUCUGUGUGGACAGAGUUAUACCAAAGUAAGGCUUUUUGAAAAUCCCAGGAGAGAAACCAUACCUCUGUGCUAUAUGUGGAAACAGUUUUCCGUCAAGCAGUACAACUGACGAGACACAUGCUGACACACAGGGGAGAGGGCUGUGAUCAAUGUGGGAAGAGUUUUGCUCGAGCGGAUUACCUGACUGAACGCACACAAACUCACAGUUGAAGAUGCAUCAGCGAACACACACACUGGAGAGAGACAUUACAGAUGUGUGUGGUCUGCUGUGAGUUUUUAGUUUAUUAGGAUCCCCAUUAGCUACAGGAUUUUGGAUCCUCAUUCUUCACGGUUUUGAUACCGUGAAGAAACUCAGUGGUGCGUCUGGUGGGGUAUCUACAGUCUAUUCGGGAACGUGUUCAGACCCCGGGGGAGAAGGUCACUGCCCUGACCAAGAACGCGAUAGUCACUCAGACAGAGCCUCUGACAGUUCCUCUGUGGAGAUGGGAGAACCUUCUAGAAGGACAACCAUCUCUGCAGCACUCCACAAAUCAGGCCUUUAUGGUAGAGUGUCCAGGCGGAAGCCACUCCUCAGUAAAAGGCACAUGACAGCCCGCGUAGAGUUUGCCAAAAGGCACCUGAAGGACUCUUAGACCACCAUAAGCAUCAUGCUGUGGGGAUGUUUUUCAGCAGCAGGGACUGGGAGACUAGUCAGGUUCGAGGGAAAUAUUAACGGAGAAAAGUACAGAGAGAUCCUUGAUGAAAACCUGCUCAGGACCUCAGACUUGGGCGAUGGUUCACCUUCCAACAGGACAACGACCCUAAGCAUACAGCCAAGACAACACAGAAGUGGCUUCGGGACAAGUCUCUGAAUGUCCUUGAGUGGCCCAGCCGGAGACCGGACUUGAACCCGAUCUAACAUCCCUGGAGAGAACUGAAAAUUGCUGUGCAGCGACACACCCCAUCCAACCUGACAGAGCUUGAGAGGAUCUGCAGAUAAGAAUGGGGGAAACUCUCCAAAUACAGGUUAGCGUCAUACCCAAGAAAACCCACGGCUGUAAUCACUGCCAAAGGUGCUUCAACAAAGUACUGAUUUAAAGGGUCUGAAUAGUUAUGUAAAUGUGAUGUCAGUUUUUUAAUUUUAUUUGUAUAAAUUUGCAACAAUUUUGGAGAGGAAAAAAAAAAAUCGGGUUUUUUCUUUGUUUGUCAUUACGUGGUAUUGUGAUGUCAUUACGUGGUAUUGUGAUGUCAUUACGGGGGUAUUGUGAUGUCAUUACGGGGGUAUUGUGAUGUCAUUACGGGGGUUUUGUGUGUAGAUUGAUGACGGAAAACAAUUGAAUCCAUUUUAGAACAAGGCUGUAAGGUAACAGAAUGUGGGCACAAAUCAAGGGGUCGGAAUACUCUCUGAAGGCCCUCUGUCUGUUCUGAAGUGUAUACAAAUACAUUGAACAAGUGGUUCGGUAUUUUCAACACACAAAUAUAUCUUAAGACAAGACGACGUCCAUUUCUCCUCAACCCUAAAGACUAUCAACCAUGCUGUUGAUGUUAGUUCUAUGUGUGUAGUUUUAAAGGGUAAGGACGUGCUGUUUUGUUUUGAGACAGCUUUGCUCGGUCUUUCUUUUCUGCACCUGACCACAUUACCAGACAGUCAUCAAGAUGGGACAAGACCAGAGUCUGAACAACUAGUACAGUGGAUCUUUGUGUCAGAAACACAGAACAUAUUUUUAUAACAGACAAUACCCCUCCAUUUUCACAACAACUUAGUCUAACAGUUGACCAUGUUAACUUCACCUCAUCUAAACAACAACUUAGUCAAUAUGUCUUGACCAUGAUAACUUCACCUCAUCUAAACAACAACUUAGUCAAUAUGACUAGACCAUGUUAACUACACAACAACUCAGUCAAUAUAACUAGACCAUGUUAACUACACAACAACUUAGUCAAUAUGACCUGACCAUGAUAACUUUACAACAACUUAGUCAAUAUGACCUGACCAUGAUAACUACACAACAACUUAGUCUAACAGUUGACCAUGAUAACUUCACCUCAUCUAAACAACAACUUAGUCAAUAUGACCUGACCAUGAUAUUCACACCCCAUCUUCACAUGCACAACCCCAGGUGAGGUUUAGGUCUCAGAGAUGGUUGGAACCAAAUACAAUAUGACCUGACCAUGAUAUUCACACCCCAUCUUCACAUGCACAACCCCAGGUGAGGUUUAGGUCUCAGAGAUGGUUGGAACCAAAUACAAUAUGAUUUUAGAUGCAUGUACGUCCAGUUUAUUCUGUAAGUCCUUUUGCUACGAGUCUCCGUGCGCUCCCAUGGCUGUAGGUGCUGAUGUGUGUGGAGUCUGCAGUCAUCAGCAUACAUAGUAAUUUUAGCUUCUUGUAAGACAAAUGGCAAAUAAUUUGUAAAAAAUAGAGAAGAGUAAGGUGUGUUGGUUUGAUGACAUGUUGAGGGUUUCACACUCUGUGGGGUUAUAUUUACUUUACCACCUACUGUUGGUGCUUUCAUGAGAUGGCUGAGAGACCAUCACUUUAAAAACGGGCUCAUAUUGUCAAUUAAAACAAUGUUAAUGUAGAAUGUUUUGCCAAUGUUAUUGGUAGAGUUUACAUGUUGUAAUUCAAUAGGUAGAGUUCAUGUUGUAAUUCAAUAGGUAGAGUUUACAUGUUUUAAUUCAAUUUAAUUAAAAUUGAACGCGUAUGUGCUUGUAGUUAAUACACGCCACAGUAUUUUUGUUUUUAAAUUAUAAUAAAUACGAAGCUCCUAUGAACCUUGGCAUUCUUUUUUCCAACUU